AUGUUGGGCUCACGUUUUAAUUUAUUAUGUCCAAAUACCAUAUCGAAUAUUCGUUAUAUAUUUCGAUACCCAAACACUUUUUCUCCUAUUACGAAAAUAUCACUUGUGCAAAGAAACUACGCUACCAAUGCAGAAACCAACUUAGAAUUAUUACGGGAUGAAAUAGAACGAAAUCCUAAAUAUGUUGCGGAAUUUGACCCUGGAAUUCUUGAUCCAUACACGAAGCCAUCACAAAUGCCUUCUAUUUUCUCGAAAGAGUAUUAUCGAAUAUUAUCCAAAAACGCACGGAAUUCAUGGAAGAAUUUUAUAUCUGCUAUUCAUUUUUGUUAUCAUGAAAGAAAAUCAUCCGAAUAUAAAGAUAAUCCAGCAGAAUAUUGGUCACCAAAACAAUUUAAAUCCAAGGCUUUGGAUAUUUACAUUGAAAUGAACGAACAGUUCGCCCUAAAAAAUUUAAAAGAAUUGAAGAGUCUUGUAGAUGAUCAAAUGUUUAAUAAAAUGAAAUUUGAGAUAAAAAAUAGGGAAGGUAAAUUCAUAUGGAAAUAUCAUGGACUCAUUGAAAAGCCUAAAUAUACAAAUAUUCGAUGCGCACUUGGGCCGAUAGGUCCGAUUGGAAAUUAUCUGGCUCAAGUGACGCUAAAAUUACAUACUAAACAGAGUAUAGGAUUAUAUAAUAAAUCAGGCAAGCUGAUUGCAGGAGAUCCCAAAAAAAUUAAGAAUGUGCUUCAAUAUGUAGUGUUUCAACGUAAAAUGUGGGAGAGACAAAAAGGGUGGACUAUUUAUGGAUAUGUGCAACAAGGAUGA